AUCCUCUCUCUGUGUGAUGCUGUAGCCUCUCUCUCUCCAGUCUCCAGUAAACAGCAGUCAUGGCGACAGUGGUCCAACCGCUCACCCUGGAUCGAGAUGUUGCCAGAGCCAUCGAGCUGCUGGAGAAGCUGCAGGAGUCGGGCGACGUCCCCGGUCACAAGCUCCAGUCCCUGAAGAAGGUGCUUCAGAGCGAGUUCUGCACGGCCAUCAGAGAGGUGUACCAGUACAUGCACGAAACCAUUACAGUGAAUGGCUGUCCAGAGUACCAGGCGAGGGCCACUGCUAAGGCCACGGUCGCAGCCUUCGCAGCCAGCGAGGGUCACUCCCACCCGAGGGUGGUGGAGCUCCCCAAGACGGAGGAGGGCCUGGGCUUCAACGUGAUGGGCGGCAAAGAGCAGAACUCACCGAUCUACAUCUCCCGCAUCAUUCCCGGCGGCGUGGCCGAGAGGCACGGCGGCCUGAAGCGGGGGGACCAGCUCCUGUCCGUCAACGGCGUGAGCGUGGAGGGCGAGCACCACGAGAAGGCGGUGGAGCUGCUGAAGGCGGCCAAGGACAGCGUGAAGCUGGUGGUGCGCUACACGCCCAAGGUGCUGGAGGAGAUGGAGGCGCGCUUCGAGAAGCUGCGCACGGCCCGGCGGCGCCAGCAGCAGCAGAUCCUCAUGCAGCAGCAGCAGCAGCAGAACCUGGCGUCUCAGCAGAACCACAUGUCGUAGGUUGUUCCAAAAGAAGAAGAUGGAGUGAAUCGGAGGGGUGCGGGGGGGGGGGGGGG